UUUUCGGUUACAAUAAGAGCUCGGUGAAACGCGCGCCAAAGUUAUAUGACUCAAGAGCGAACUCCAGCAAGUCUCACCCAACUCGACAUGCCUUCUCAUCCGAACGCUGCUCAAGGGAGGCAACCCAGCGCAGAAGAACAUUAUCAGCGCACUCUUGUCCGCAUUGGGCAAAUCCAAUCGCACCUUUCGAACUCUCCGCGCGGGCAGCGACUCAAAGGUAAAACUUGCGUUAUUACCGGUGUGGGAUCAUUGCAUGGCAUAGGCCGUGCUUCUGCGUUCUUGUUCGCACAUGAAGGAGCAACUCAUCUAUACUUGCUCGAUUUCUCGCCAGAGAACCUGCCUGAACUCAAGUCAGCGAUUGAGAACUCAUAUCCGGACGUGAAGGUAACCACAAUUCAAGCCGACGCAGCAAAUGAGACUGCCAUAGCAGCUGUCUGUGAACGAGCACUACAAGAUGAAGGUCGUUUGGAUGUAUUCUUUGCCAACGCUGGUUUCGCAAGUAACAAGGCGCUUCCCGAUUUGACCGCAGAAGCUUUCAUGGAAAGCAUGCGAAUCAAUGCAUUGUCGUGCUUCCUUGCCGUCAGGUACGGUUCCGACGCGAUGAUGAAGACUGAUUCGUCGAGAGGGAAAGAUAUUAGUGGAGGAAGUAUUAUUUUGACUGCAUCUGUGGCAGGGCUGCGGUCCGGGGCAGGGACCAUUGACUAUAGUGCAAGCAAAGCGGCUGUGAACUCGAUCGCGAAAACAAGCGUAUAUCAACUUCAGAAGACUGACGUUCGCGUAAACACAAUCUGCCCGGGCCUGAUCGAGACCAAUAUGACGAAGGACAUGUUUGAUUCUGCUCGUCAACGAGGCAGGGAGAGCAAGAUUGGUCAAUUGAACCCUAUGGGCCGCUUCGGCGUCGCCCAAGAAAUUGCUCACAUGGCCUUGUUUUUGGCUUCAGAUGAAUCGAGUUAUGUCAAUGGACAGAACAUUGCGGUUGAUGGGGGGCUUUCGUCAUCGCACCCUGUAGUCCCAGGACGGUGGGCCUGAUAGGCCGCCGGACUAUCUCAAGCCGCAUCUUCUUUGGAUCUCUCGUAUUUUUGUCACAGCGUUGCCUUUGUACUUAAUACUGAUUGAAUCAAUGUUUUAUGACGUUUUGGGGCUACUAA